AUGUGCAGAUUUAAUAGAGAAGAGUCCGGGCGGGCUAAACCCGCAAACCCGAAGAGUAACGCGGGUGGGCCUUUAUCUUCUUCUUCCUCACCACACACACACGCAUACUCGUGGAUUUCAAACUGUGAGAGUAAUCUCAUCGGAACCUUUAUGAUCUCAUCAAGCAUGCUACUCUAUACACUGUCUUCAUCAUCUCCUCCCAUUCACCGCCUCUAUCUCCACCACUCUCAGAUUCUCCCUUCUUCUUCUUCUGGGUCUCUCAAGUUCCAUCCCAAAACGGUUUCUUUACAGAUACAUGGAAGGACUUUAGCCACUCAAUAUGCAGAAUUUGCUACUAGAAGAGGCUUACCGGUUUUGAAAAACACUUCACUACCAAGCAAAGGAUCUACCUUUCUUCUGGGACAGAGCCUUUUAAUGAUCUCUGCUUAUCCACAGUUGGCAUCAGCAGCCUCAGAAAUGGUAAAGCCUGAGCCGGUUUACGAAGUUGGAGAGUUGUUUGAGCUAAGCAUUCAGCUUUCUUACUUGCUGUUGCUACUUGGUUUGCUUGGAGUUGGUACUUUCUAUGUGAUUCGUCAAGUACUUGUCCGCAGAGAACUUGACCUCUCUGCCAAAGAACUACAGGAGCAAGUUAGGAGCGGGGAUGCAAGUGCAACAGAGCUCUUUGAGCUUGGUGCAGUGAUGCUGAGGCGCAAGUUUUAUCCUGCAGCCAACAAGUUCUUGCUUCAAGCUAUCCAGAAAUGGGACGGUGACGAUCAAGAUCUUGCUCAGGUCUAUAACGCUCUUGGAGUGAGUUAUGUCAGAGAGGAGAAACUGGACAAAGGAAUCGCUCAGUUUGAAAUGGCGGUGAAGCUGCAGCCUGGUUAUGUAACGGCUUGGAACAACCUUGGAGAUGCUUACGAGCAGAAGAAGGAACUGCCUUUGGCUUUGAAAGCAUUUGAAGAGGUUUUGUUGUUUGAUCCGAACAAUAAGGUGGCUCGGCCUAGAAGAGAUGCGUUGAAGGAUCGUGUUAAGCUCUAUAAAGGUGUUGUUGCGGUUAAGUCCAAGAAACAGUGA